GGAAAGUAGAUUUCCACUAAUAGUUGGUGCGUUGUAACCUCACAGUUGGAUUGACUCGGACUUUAUCCCAGGAUUGACAUUAUUCGGGGUAGUCAAGCUGCAGUCCUCGUAGAGGUCGGACGUGCCAACUGUCACAUCUAUGCCCAAUUACAGCAAUAUCGGAACUUGGACGAGUCCAUUGUUGACAGUGGGCGGGGAAGUAUAAAAGAAAGUGUGACCUACGCAGCUUGGCUACCGUCCCUUGUUGUAAGUAUAUUUCAAAUGUAUUUAUAAAAAAUACUCUUGAUUAUGACAACUAGUGCAGCCCAUAUCUUGUGUAUUUAAAUUUACACAUAUUGGAGGAAACAUCUUCAUAUUUAUUUUAGUUGUAUUUGUCAUCGAAUACUUCUGGAUUAAAUAGUUUCUUGCCAACAUGGCCUGUAUAAAGCAGCCUGUUAAUUGUUUGACAGAAGAAGAAUUAAGAUCAAUCCCGGGUAUUAGCAGUAGACUGGCAUCGACUAUUGUUGAUGUCAGAAACAGGUUUGGGAACUUAACGGCAGAAUCGUUCCAAACAUUGACGCGUCAAUCACUUUCAGAAAGUCUGACACAGUUGUUAGAUUUUACACCCAACAGGCAGCUGGGGAAAGAUCGAUCCCAACAAUCGCCUAAUAUAACGUUAGGCGCUAUUCCUAAGAAAAUUAUGGGCCCCAUACCAGAAUCACCUAAAGUCGAGAAACAAGCGGAUGGUGAUGCCUCAGAGAAGUUGGUUUCAGAAAUAGCACAGUGGGAAGACGUCCAGGAGGUCCUAUCGACUGCUAAAAAACUAGUUGCAGCCAAAAAACAAGGUGACUGCAGCGCAUUUAGCGAGUUUUUAACAAAUGCGCAACAACAACUGCACUUUGUUAAAGACAAUCUUCGCCGCCGUGAGGAUAGCGACGAUGAUUUGGAAUCCUCAUCCGGAAUUCCAAAGAGAAAGAAUGCACGAGAUAAGGUGUACAGGAAGAAGGUUACACACCACACUGUCACAGGAAGGGGUGUGUCAUCAGAAGAGGAGGAUCAACCGAUUCUUCACAGAACGAGUAGUGCUAGUGCCUACUCAAAUAAUCUGCCAGCUAGUAAGCCACCUCAACCAGUACUUGGCAGCGACGGGACUCCGUUUCAAAGAGGGCAGCCAUUUUCGAGAUCGGCUUUGCGGGAUAUUCCCAAGAAUCUGGUGUAUGAUGGCAAAUCACGGUGGCAAUCAUUUCACAUGAAGUUCGAGCAUUGGAUUGACUCGGACUUUAUCCGAGGAUUGACAUUAUUCGGGGUAGUCAAGCUGCAGUCCUCGAGAAGGCGGAGGUUGCGGGAACUCAAGGAGCACCGGAUGGAGCGGCGCAUGCAUUCCGACCAGAUCUUCCACAUCUUCCAGAUCUUGCACUGGGUCGGCCGGGAAAGUAUGUCGGGAGCCCAAAGACUGGUCGGCCAUACAUUCGCUGAACCCUUUUACACUCUGCUUCUGAGCCCAAAGACUGGUCGGCCAUACAUUCGCUGA